UAAAAAUACAAAAUUAAUUAAUUAAUUGAAAAGAGCCUUCCUUAAUUUAUCGUACAAAAUUAGAACAAAAAUAUAUUAUAUUGAAGAAAUACAGUCUUUAGUGAUCGGAAAAAGUCAUUAGAAGAGCUUUAAGUAUAUGAUCAGCAGAGAUACAGCAGCAAAAUAUCUUGUGUACUGAAAAAAAAAGCGUGAAAUGCAAAAACUAGGAACUAGUAAGAAUGUCAAGUUAGUGUGUAUUUUCGGUGCAUUAUUUAUUGCCUCAGUUGCACCAGAAUUAAUAAACAAUAGUCUCAAAGAUAAUGAUUUACGCAAUAACAAAUAUCAGAUUGUGCACAUUACCGAUUUAUCAUCAUCACUUUUGAAGGGAAAUAAAAGUAAUAGCAUUGAUGACAAAAAUUAUGUGAUAACGUAUCAGCAGACAUCUAAUCUUAAUGAUGGAAAAAUGGAAUCGACGAGAAUAUUAGAGAUUGAAUCGAAAGGAUUCAAUGAAACAGUCAAUAAGCCAGUGAACUUAUAUCCAACAAGAUUCAAGGAUUCGUGUCACAAAAGUGCGUCUUUUCCUGAAUGGAAAAUCAAUAAUGGAACUAGCAGUAACGGAGUGUUUCGCCUAAAAAUCAAUGUCAAUGAAGAGCUUAAAAGAAGUGAUUUCUAUUACUUUUGUGCGUAUGAAGAAGGAACAUCGAAUGAAAUAACACAUUUGGGUGAAGAAUCAUUACUGAAUCUUCAUAAUUUAAGUAUCAAUGUACAUGAUGUUGUAAAAAGACAAACUAUUGAUCCUUUAAAAAUUAUGGGAUAUCAUAUAGUAGAAUCACCAAAGGAACCAGAGCUAGAGGAUGGAAUACCGAUAGUUAAAGCUGGUUUGAAUAUCAAAUUGCGGAUGUUUGGGACAGGUUUUUCGAAUAAAACAAUGAUUGGAUUAACGGCUGAAGCAUUCGAGUAUGGUGAAAAGUGCCAUAAAAUUGUUACCGACACUCAGAAAAUAUACGAGUCGUCUUUUGUUAAAGAUCGACUGAAUGUAGUUGUUGAUGUAAAACUACCCGAAGAAUCAAUGUCAUUGUUUAUUUGUGCAUCGAAUGAUGGAAAUGACUUUUAUCAUCAAGGAAUGGAUGAAUGGUUGAUACUCAAAAGUCAUAAGCCAUUUCUUCCAAUGUGGGUUAAUAUUUUAAUCAUUGGUGUCUGCUUAUGCUUCUCAGCACUCUUUUCCGGCUUGAAUUUGGGUCUGAUGUCAUUAGACAGGACAGAUUUAAAGAUUUUGUGCAAUACCGGUUCGGAAGGUGAAAGGAGAUAUGCACGUGCAAUUCAACCUGUCAGAGAUCAUGGAAAUUUUCUAUUGUGCAGUAUUCUUCUAGGAAAUGUGUUGGUAAAUUCAACAUUUACAAUUUUACUCGAUAGUCUCACGUCAGGUUUGGUAGCUGUUGUUUGUUCAACUCUAUUGAUUGUCAUCUUUGGCGAAAUAACUCCUCAAGCUAUAUGUAGUCGGCACGGCUUGGCUGUUGGAGCUCGUACAAUCAUAGUAACAAAAUUUGUAAUGUUGCUCACAUUUCCAUUGUCUUAUCCUACAUCAAAAAUAUUGGAUUACUUGCUCGGUGAAGAAAUUGGAACUUACUACAAUCGUGAGAGACUGAAAGAAUUGGUGAAAGUUACUACAGAUGUGAAUGAUCUUGAUAAAGACGAAGUAAAUAUAAUUUCUGGUGUCCUUGAGAUGCGAAAAAAGACUGUCGGCGAUAUCAUGACUCACAUCGAUGACGCGUACAUGCUUCCAAUAGAUGCUAUUCUUGAUUUUGAAACCAUUUCUGAAAUUAUGAAUUCAGGAUAUUCACGAAUUCCUGUAUAUGAGUAUGAUCGAAAGAAUAUUCUGUCAUUGCUUUACAUAAAGGACUUGGCAUUCGUGGAUACUGACGAUAAUACUCCGUUGAAAACUUUGUGUGAAUUUUAUCAAAAUGCCUGUCAUUUUGUGUUUGAUGAUUUGACACUUGAUGUGAUGUUUAAGCAAUUUAAAGAAGGAAAUAAGGGACAUAUGGCAUUUGUGCAUCGCGUUAAUAAUGACGGCGAGGGUGAUCCUUUCUACGAAACGAUUGGCUUAGUCACACUUGAAGAUGUCAUUGAAGAAUUAAUUCAGGCUGAGAUCAUGGAUGAGACAGAUCGGAUAACAGACAAUCGUACAAAGAGCCGAAGAUCGAGACCACAAAAACAAGAUUUCUCGUGCUUUAUAGGCCGCAAUGAUACACAGAAUGUCCGCAUCUCUCCACAGUUGACUUUGGCCACCUUCCAAUUUUUGAGCACCACACUGGAGCCAUUUAAGCGAGAAUGUAUAUCCGAGAAUAUUCUACGACGAUUGUUAAAUCAAGAUAUUUAUCGUCAUAUUAAGAAUAAGGCAAAUAAGAAGAAUGAUCCGCUAAUGUAUAUCUUCCAGCAAGCUAAGCCUGUUGACUUUUUUGUUAUGAUAUUAGAAGGACGUGUUGAAGUGAAAAUUGGAAGAGAGAAUUUAAUGUUUGAGGGUGGUCCAUUUACUCAUUUUGGAUUACAAGCAUUAGUCCAAAAUAUUGGAAUUGAUUCCCCUCAACAGCAGCAAGUCAAUCAAUCCUCAAGUCAAGUCUUGGGAUCACUUCAAUCAUUAAAUGUAGACGCAAUGCUUCGUCAUACAUUCAUACCAGAUUAUUCAGUAAAAGCACUUACUGAUGUCAUUUAUCUUGUUGUCAAGCGAUCUCUCUACAUGGCAGCAAAACGUGCCACAUUGAUGGAACAAUCAAAAAGGAUGGGCGGAGAACAUAACAAUGAUCCGAUUGACGAUGAAGUGGAAAAGCUUCUACACUCACUGGACGAAGAUGACAGUGCUGUUCAUACGAAUUUAAAUUCACCACGAAUGAGUAAACCGACAAGCGUUGCUCCAUCGCCAACAUCUCAACAAAACUUCUUGCAUGCACCACAUUCGAGUAAUAUGCAUAAUGAGUUGGACACAGGCGUAAGAGUAACAUUCACACAAAGCAAUUCGACAGGCAAUCACGUAAUUAAUUUCUCAAAUUCGCAGAAAAAUUCUGUGGAUGUUCAUGAUAAUGCCGCCGACAAUGAAGCCGAACAACCUUUAUUGAAUAAAUCAGUAUCAAAAUUAUCGUCAUAACGCCACGUUAAUGAACAGAAUCCCAAUUUUUUACAAUGUUAAUUCUAUUUUUUUGCGAUACGUUAAUUCUUCCAAAGAUUGAUUUUUUUAGUUGACUGAAUAUGAAAGAUGCAUUCAUUAAAUUAUUAUUAUUAUUAAUAU